AUGGCUAGUAGCUCCUUCGCUCGCGACCUAGCGACAAGGAGACUGAGAGCUGCAGCGGCGGCAGCAGCGGCAGCUCCAGCAGCGGUGGCGACCACCCCGCUUCUUUCUUGGGGAACACCGACCGCACUCAUUGGGACCGGGUCGUCUUGUCCGGGAGCCAUGUGGCACUCCACGGCCACCGGCUCCCGAUCCGACUCCGAGUCGGAUGAGGAAGACCUCCCCGUCGGGGAUGAAGUCUGCAAACACGGCUACCUGCGGAAGCAGAAGCAUGGGCACAAGCGCUACUUCGUGCUCAAACUCGAGACCGCCGACGCCCCAGCUAGGCUGGAAUAUUAUGAAAAUGCCAGGAAGUUCCGGCACAGUGUCCGCGCCGCUGCGGCUGCUGCGGCUGCCGCCGCCUCCGGCGCCGCGGUCCCGGCGCUCAUCCCCCCGCGGCGCGUGAUCACCCUAUACCAGUGCUUCUCCGUGAGCCAACGAGCCGAUGCAAAGUACCGACACCUCAUUGCCCUUUUCACCCAAGACGAAUACUUCGCGAUGGUGGCCGAGAACGAGUCGGAACAGGAAAGCUGGUACUUGCUGCUCAGCCGCCUCAUCCUCGAGAGCAAACGCCGCCGCUGCGGCACGCUGAGCGCACAGCCGGACCGCGAGCCGGCUGCGCUGGCGGCGGCAGCGGCGGUGGAGCCACCCUUCUACAAAGAUGUGUGGCAGGUAGUAGUCAAACCCAGGGGGCUGGGGCACCGAAAAGAGCUGAGCGGCGUGUUCCGGCUGUGCCUGACCGACGAAGAGGUGGUGUUCGUGAGGCUCAACACCGAAGUGGCUAGCGUGGUCGUGCAGCUCUUGAGCAUCCGUCGCUGCGGGCACUCGGAGCAGUAUUUCUUCUUGGAAGUGGGCAGGUCCACGGUCAUCGGGCCAGGAGAGCUGUGGAUGCAGGUAGAUGACUGUGUAGUGGCCCAACACAUGCACGAGUUGUUUUUGGAGAAGAUGAGAGCCCUGUGUGCGGAUGAGUACAGAGCCCGCUGCCGCAGCUACAGCGUCAACAUCGGCGCCCACCUGUUAACCUUGCUGUCCACUAGGAGGCACCUGGGCUUGCUGCCGCUCGAGCCCGGCGGCUGGCUCCGAAGGUCCCGCUUGGACCAGUUUUGCCACCUCCGAGCCCUCGGUGACGGGGAAGACGAGAUGCUAGUCACCAGGCGCUACGUGACACCCAGCGAGCCCGUUCCCGCCGGCCGGCGAGGAAGACUACAGCUUCCCAGAGCGCACAGAUCCAGGAGAGCGCUUUCAGUGCCAGCCAGCUUAUUCCGCCGCUUACCAUCCAGCCCGGUACGUGCCCCGCAGCGUGAAGAAGCCCCUAGCGACAGAGCCUCCCUGUCUGCUGAAGCAUCCGGCUCUGGCGCUGGCAACCCUGCAGAAGAAGACAAUUCUCCAAGCAAAGAGGGUCAGAAAGACAGUGGAGACGACUACAUGCCCAUGCAUAGUUGGGGCUCAGGAAAUGGCCGAGAUUCAGGAGGUGGUCAUGGCUCAAGUGGCCAAGGCCCCAGUGGUCAGAGCUCCGGGGCAGGCCAGUGCUCUGGCGGGAGGCAGGGAUCCGGAGGCGGCCAGGGCACAAGUGGCCACCAGGGAUCCGGAGGUGGACAGGGUUCAGGCAGUCAGGGUGCAGGAGGAAACCAGUGCUCAAGAGAUGGACAAGGUGCUGCAGGUGGGCACUCUGCUGGCGGCGGCGGUGCCAGCGGCGGCCAGGGUUCCGGAGGUGGGCACGGCUCAGGUGGUGGUCAGGGACCCGGAGAUGGCCGUGGCUCAGGCAGUGGCAAGGACUCUGGCCGGGGUAAGGGCUCAGGAAGUGGCAAGGGUUCCAAUGGGGAUGGUGACCGUGGAAAAUCUCUGAAGAAAAGAUCCUACUUUGGCAAAUUAUCUCAAAGCAAGCCAUUGUUGCCACCUCCACCACCGCCUCCUUCACCCCCAGGGGCUGGAGCCAUUAGUGCAAAGGCGAAGACUGGAGGAAGGUUUAGACUUUAUUUUUGUGCUGACAGAGGAGCCACAAAAGAACGUAAAGAAGCCAAAGAACUGAAAGACGGGGAGAUCCCAGAAGGGGCUGCUCGGGUUCCCUACAGAGCCAGAGCUUUUGAUGAAGAUGAAGAUGACCCAUAUGUGCCAAUGAGACCUGGAGUGGCGGCCCCUCUGGCAAGCUCUAGUGAUUAUAUGCCCAUGGCUCCUCAGAAUGCCUCAGCUUCUCAGAAGCGUCACUCUCGGUCACCUUUUGAGGAUUCCAGAGGCUAUAUGAUGAUGUUUCCUAGAACCAGCCCACCACCUGCUCCCAGUCCUCCCAAAGCUGGCGAUCUCAAUAAAGAUGAUGAAUCCAAAGAUGACAGCGACAGUGACUACAUGUUUAUGGCUCCUGGGGCCGGGGCAGUUCCCAAGAACCCCCAAAAUCCUCAGGGUGGCGCUUCUUCCAGAAGUUGGAACUCCUACUUCUCUCUGCCGAAUCCUUUCCGGAACUCACCAUUGGGCCAAAGUGACCACAGUGAGUAUGUACCUAUGUUACCUGGGAAAUUCCUGGGGAGGGGGCUGGACAAAGAAGCAUCCUCUAACUGGGGCUCUAAAGAUACAACUUCAAAACCUCCAGCUGAGGGGUCAUUCCCAAAGCCUGGGGGUGGGGAGUCACCCUCAAAGCCUUCAGAUGAUAGGUCCCCCCGGAAGGCUAAGAGACCAAAGGUAGUCUCUCUUAUGACAAAAGGGACUAAACUAAGCCCAAACCACAAAAGGCCAGAAGUGAACAGAAAUUCUGGCAGCAGGUCUAGAGACUCCAUCAGACUUGACUGCACUCUGAUAGCUAGCCAUGCGCCUGUACCCUCCACUCAAACAGUGCUGGCUUGGUGGGGUGUACUUGCUAAUGCCAGACCCUCAGCCCUUUCUAAUGCACUGUAUAUGGAGUUGGGAAUGUCUUUUCCAAAUCCAGGGAACGCCCUCUCAGAUAUUUUAGGAGCUAUCCCAGGUGCCACCCCCCUGUCUCUGGCUGGUGCUAGGUGGCCACUUCCUCCUCUUCCUCCCUGGGCUACAGGUAGCAAUGCUAAUGAGGAAGAGGGUGACUACAUUGAAGUGAUUUUCAAUCCAGCAAUGACACCAGCCGUGCCUUUUGCGGACAGUGCCAUUCGCUAUGAUGCCGAAACGGGUCGAAUCUAUGUGGUCGACCCAUUUUCGGAGUGCUGCAUGGACGUUGCCCUCUCGCCUAGCCCGUGCUCUGAUCCCCCACCUGUAGCUAGGCUGCUGCAGGAGGAAGAGCAGGGAAGAAGACACCCGCCAAGCCGUCCCGAAACUUUAUUUGCAGCCGCCAGAGCCGCGGUCUCAGCUUUUCCAACUGACAGCCUCGACAGAGACCUUUCUGCCUCCUCAGCCUCAGCAGCAGCUCCAACCUUAGCCGUGGGCCGGGCUUUAGCUGCGGCCUCGGCGCUCGCCGCUGUCCCGGGUAUCGGCUCAGCAGCCGCGGGCUUCGAGGCCGCAGCCGGGGUUGACUCCGCCCGCUGGUUCCAACCUGUUGCUGCCGCCUCCGCCGCCGCCGCCGCCGCGGCUGACGCCGACGCUCUAAGGGGGGCCCAGAACUUUGCCGGUGGCUCGAACCCUGGAGCCCCCAACCCAUUUGCAGACCUUGCCGGAGCUGACAACCGGGCAGGCCAGGCUGCCGCUGCAGCUGCCGCCCCCACACCACCGCCUCGCCGUCCCCGGGUGCCGAGACCUCCAGAGAGAGAAGAUUCCGACGGUGACAACGACGACGACGACGACACGUACGUGACAAUGGACUUUGCCAGACUUGACAACAAGAAGUUUGACUCUACCAAAAGAGGUUUGUAA